CCCGGCGGCGGCUCUCGGUUUUGGGUCUGCGGCUCCCCCAGCGGCCGCCAGAGCCCGCCCGGGUCCGGCCCCGCAGGCCGCCCACCUCGGGGCUCGACGCGUGGGAUCAGAUACCAGACUCCGGGAUGCUGCACUCCAGGUCCCCGAGGCGUGGCACUGUCUCGGUCAUCAGCCGUAGGGAGCAUGCUGUCAGACUGAAGGCUGCUGGGAGGCACCAUGUCUCCCUUAAGGUCGUGCUGGCCAUGAACUGGCUCCUCCUAGUCGACUUCUCGGGGGCCACAUUGGCAGGGGCAGUUGAAUGUCCUGACCAGAACCCUGACCUGCAGCCUUGGAGCCCUGGCCAUGACCGAGACCAUCACGUACACAUCGGUCAGGGCAGGAGUCUACUGCUCACCUCCUCUGCUACCGUCCAUUCCAUCACCAUCUCACAGGGAGGCAAACUUGUCAUUAAAGACCACCAUGAGCACAUCGAGCUGCGUGCCCGGCACAUUCUGAUCGAGGACGGCGGAGAGCUACAUGCUGGGAGUGCCCUCUGCCCUUUCGAGGGCAAUUUCAGUAUUGUGCUGUAUGGAAGGGCUGAUGAAGGCAUCGAGCCAGACCCUUACUAUGGCCUGAAGUACAUCGGAGUGGGCAGAGGAGGCACUCUUGAGUUGCACGGACAGAAAAAACUCUCCUGGACGUUUCUCAACAAGACCCUUCGUCCUGGAGGCAUGCAGGAGGGAGGAUAUUUUUUUGAAAGGAGCUGGGGUCACCGUGGAGUCAUUGUUCAUGUCAUUGACCCCAAAUCAGGCACAGUCAUCCAUUCUGACAGGUUUGACACCUACAGAUCCAAGAAGGAGAGCGAACGUCUGGUCCAGUAUUUGAAUGUGGUGCCUGACGGCAGGAUCCUUUCUGUCGCAGUGAAUGAUGAAGGCUCAAGGAACCUGGAUGACACAGCCAGGAAGGCAAUGACCAAACUGGGCAGCAAGCACUUCCUACAUCUUGGAUUUAGACACCCUUGGAGCUUCAUCACUGUGAAGGGCAAGCCCUCCUCUUCAGUUGAAGACCACAUCGAAUACCAAGGUCACAAAGGCUCGGCUGCUGCCCGGGUUUUCAAACUCUUCCAGACAGAGCAUGGUGAACAUUUCAAUGUUUCUUCAACCAGCGAAUGGGUUCAAGACGUGGAAUGGACGGAGUGGUUCAACCAUGAUAAGGUACCUCAGAGCAAAGGUGGGGAGAAAAUUUCAGAUCUCCGAGCGGCUUACCCAGGAAAAAUCUGCAAUCGACCCAUUGACAUACAGGCCACAACAAUGGACGGAGUUGCCCUCAACACUGAAGUUGUCUACAAAAAUGGCCAAGAUUACAGGUUUGCUUGCUACACCCGGGGCCGAGCCUGCCGCAACUACCGAGUACGAUUCCUAUGUGGGAAACCUGUGAGGCCCAAGCUCACGGUCAGCAUCGACACCAACGUAAACAGUACCAUCCUGAACCUGGUGGACAAUGUGCAGUCCUGGAGGCCUGGAGACACCCUGGUCGUUGCCAGCACUGACUACUCCAUGUACCAGGCGGAAGAGUUCCAGGUUCUCACCUGCAAAGCCUGUGCCUCUACACAGGUCAGAGUGGCAGGGAAGCCACAGUACCUACACAUUGGGGAGGAGAUUGACGGUGUGGACAUGCGGGCUGAGGUUGGGCUCCUGACUCGGAACAUCGUGGUGAUGGGAGAGAUGGAGGACCAAUGCUACCCCUACAGCAGCCACAUCUGUGACUUCUUUGACUUCGAUACCUUCGGGGGUCACAUCAAGUUUGCCCUGGGGUUUAAAGCCGCUCACUUGGAGGGCGUGGAGCUAAAGUACAUGGGGCAGCAGCUGGUGGGCCAGUACCCAAUUCACUUCCACCUGGCUGGCGACCUGGAUGAGCGGGGAGGCUAUGACCCACCUACGUACAUCAGGGACCUCUCCAUUCACCACACCUUCUCCCGCUGCGUCACUGUCCACGGCUCCAAUGGCCUGUUGAUCAAGGAUGUGGUGGGCUAUAAUUCCUUGGGCCACUGCUUCUUCACUGAAGAUGGGCCAGAGGAACGCAACACUUUUGACCACUGCCUCGGCCUCCUUGUUAAGUCGGGGACCCUCCUCCCAUCAGAUCGGGACAGCAGGAUGUGCAAAGUGAUCACGGAGGACUCGUACCCAGGGUACAUUCCUAAGCCCAGGCAGGACUGCAACGCUGUGUCCACCUUCUGGAUGGCAAAUCCCAACAACAACCUCAUUAACUGUGCAGCUGCGGGGUCUGAGGAAACGGGAUUUUGGUUCAUUUUUCACCAUGUGCCAACGGGCCCCUCUGUGGGAAUGUAUUCCCCAGGUUAUUCCGAGCACAUUCCACUGGGAAAAUUCCACAACAACCGAGCACAUUCUAACUACCGGGCUGGCAUGAUCAUAGACAAUGGAGUCAAGACGACGGAGGCCUCAGCUAAGGACAAGCGGCCCUUCCUCUCCAUCAUCUCUGCCAGGUACAGCCCUCACCAGGACGCAGACCCCCUGAAGCCCCGGGAGCCGGCCAUCAUCCGCCACUUCACCGCCUACAAGAACCAGGAUCACGGAGCCUGGCUGCGGGGUGGGGACGUGUGGCUGGACAGCUGCCGGUUUGCUGAUAAUGGCAUUGGCCUGACCCUGGCCAGUGGUGGAACCUUCCCAUACGAUGAUGGCUCCAAGCAGGAGAUAAAGAACAGCUUGUUUGUUGGCGAGAGUGGCAACGUGGGCACAGAAAUGAUGGACAACAGGAUCUGGGGCCCAGGUGGCUUGGACCACAGUGGAAGGACCCUCCCCAUAGGCCAGAAUUUUCCGAUUCGAGGGAUUCAGUUCUACGAUGGUCCCAUCAACAUCCAAAACUGUACCUUCCGCAAGUUUGCGGCCCUCGAGGGCCGGCACACCAGCGCCUUGGCCUUCCGCCUAAACAACGCCUGGCAAAGCUGCCCCCACAACAAUGUCACCAACAUUGCCUUUGAGGAUGUCCCGAUUACUUCCAGAGUGUUCUUCGGAGAGCCUGGGCCCUGGUUCAACCAGCUGGACAUGGACGGGGACAAGACAUCUGUGUUCCACGAUGUGGAUGGCUCCGUAUCCGAGUACCCUGGCUCCUACCUCACUAAGGAUGACAAUUGGUUGGUUCGGCACCCAGACUGCAUCAACGUCCCAGACUGGAGAGGGGCCAUCUGCAGUGGGCGCUAUGCACAGAUGUACAUCCAGGCCUACAAGAGCAGCAACCUGCGCAUGAAGAUCAUCAAGAAUGACUUCCCUAGCCACCCCCUCUACCUGGAGGGAGCCCUCACCAGGAGCACCCACUACCAGCAGUACCAGCCCGUCGUCACCCUGCAGAAGGGCUACACCAUCCACUGGGAUCAGACAGCCCCAGCUGAGCUUGCCAUCUGGCUCAUCAAUUUCAACAAGGGCGACUGGAUCCGAGUGGGGCUCUGCUACCCAAAGGGCACCACGUUUUCCAUCCUUUCAGACGUUCACAAUCGCCUGCUGAAGCAAACGUCCAAGACCGGGACCUUCGUGAGGACCCUGCAGAUGGACAAGGUGGAGCAGAGCUAUCCCGGCAGGAGCCACUACUACUGGGAUGAGGAUUCUGGGUUGCUCUUCCUGAAGCUAAAAGCCCAGAAUGAAAGAGAGAAGUUUGCCUUCUGCUCCAUGAAGGGCUGUGAGCGAGUCAAGAUCAAAGCCCUCUUCCCAAGGAAUGCGGGCAUCAGCGACUGCACAGCCACCGCUUACCCCAGGUUCACCGAGAAGGCCGUGGUGGAUGUGCCAAUGCCCAAGAAGCUCGUUGGAGCUCAGCUGAAGACAAAGGACCACUUCCUGGAAGUCAAGAUGGAAAGUUCCAGGCAGCACUACUUCCACCUUCGGAACGACUUCGCGUACAUCGAAGUGGAUGGCAGGAAGUACCAUUGCUCAGAAGAUGGGAUCCAGGUAGUGGUGAUUGACGGGAACCGAGGUCAUGUGGUGAGCCAUGGGAGCUUCAGAAGUGCCAUCCUGCAGGGUAUACCCUGGCAGCUCUUCAACUAUGUGGCAGCUAUCCCUGACAAUUCCAUAGUUCUUAUGGCAUCCAAGGGCAAAUACGUCACCAGAGGCCACUGGACCAGAGUGCUGGAAAAGCUUGGGGCAGACAAAGGUCUCAAGUUGAAAGAAAAAAUGGCAUUUGUCGGCUUCAAAGGUAGCUUCCGACCCACCUGGGUGACUCUGGAGACUGACGAACACAAGGCCAAAAUCUUCCAAGUGGUGCCCAUCCCCGUGGUGAGGAAAAAGAAGUUAUAAGGACAGCUGCCACUUGUCAACACCCCAGGCUGGACCCCUACGGCGGCCAGGGACAGGAUGGCUGCGUCCCCUGGUUGUCAGCCCCACUCGGCUAAGGCACAGAUAUCAAAGACCUCGGUGCUGCCACCUGCCCCUAACUCAAGUCUACCUGCGGCAACCCGGGCAGUGUUGGCUGAUGCUGCGACCUCCUCUUGGGUGCUUCUCUCCUGUCUGUGCCUCAUCAGGAGAGGCUCGGGGACCAUACAAAGAGACUUGGGUUGUGCUGGCAGCAAACAGCCACUGGGGCAGGAAUCUGACCCCAGAUAGGAAGGGGUCCAGAUGAUGGGACCACUCACAGAUUUCCACAGCCACUUGUAGACACAUUAAGUGGCAGAUGGAGGGAAGGCCAUCUUUACUCCUGUAAGCGUGGAUAAGUCUUCUUAGGGUUAGGAGCUGGCGUGCAGACAGAGCUGGCCAGAGUGGCAGACUGUGCUGGGGAGGAGAUGGAGUCCUCUGUUUGGAGAGGCUCCCUUUUCAAAAGACUUCAGCUGGUACAUUGCAGUGGGACUAGGCGGCUCGUGGUGGCCCUUCCUGGGAUUGCAGAACUCGACAGUGUUUUGCUCUGUGUCUCGAGAUCAGCAGUAGAAGUCAUCAUUGUAGCUGACAUCUCUGCUAUGAGUGCCCUUGAAACAGGAUGGAGAGGUGAGAGCUCACACUGGGGGUGGGGGGGGUUGGGCUCAGCAGGUGACAGGCAGCCAGGUCUUUGUACACUCUGAUACCAGGAUGAGAAUCCAGAAAGAAAGUGAUGCGGUUGACAAGUGGUAGAUCAGAGGAGGGGAAGUUCACACUACCCAGGAACAUGGGGGGAGGCUCCUUCUGGGUGCCAUGGUGCUGGCAGGAAGGAAGGACAGAGAUGGUAGAGAGAGAUGAGGUGGCCUCUGUCGUGGUUCAGAGGUGGAAGGCUUUCCCGCCGCUGCCUGUAGCCUCUGUGUCACGGCAGGUUACCGUGCCUUCCACGGCUGACCCACUUAUGAUAGAGAAGCAGGGUCAGCAGAGAGAAAAGAGCUGAGCUGCGGUGCGCAGAACCUAGUUCAGUGUUCUCCAGCCAGCCCCCUCUGACUCCGAGAGAGGGCAGAGAGUUCACAGACCUGAGCCUCUACAAUGGGCCUCCAGAGUCUACUCUCCUCCAAGAGCAGAGUAGAUGACUCCAGGAUAUCUGAGCAUGCUCACACCACGGUGAACCUAGGGUGUCAGAGAUCUCCAGAGAGGGCCUUGGGGACUCCUCGAGGACAGCCUAGUCCAGAGCUUUGCGCCUACAUCUGAGGAGAAUAAGACCCGAGAUGGGGAAGAAUCACAAGACCAGAUCCAUGAACCCCGAUCUCAGUAUACACUGCCACAUCAUGGCGCCUCAGCAGCUAGUCUGGGGUGUCCAGUGCUAAAGUAGCUGCUGGAAAGGGGCGUGUCCCAUGCAGCGGGAGAAGAGGCCAGAAUAGAAUGAUCUUUGUAAAGGGCUUUUUCAUCUUGCUCCUCAGUGCACACUGCCUGCUCUCCUACAGGCAGUAAUCCUGCCAUCUUCUCUUUCUUCAGACUGCCUGCCUCCCUUGGGCAUGGGCUGCUCAUGACUGUGGAACCCUCUUGGUGCUAUCGUAUUCCACAGUGGUGCUGGAAAGCCCAGUGGCUAUCGUCUGGUUAUGCCAAUGCUCUUCUGGUGGGCCAAAUUGGCUUUUCACGGGGAUCUGAGAGUAGUUGGUUCUGGCCCAGGGUCUCUCAGCUAGUGUGCACCCCAUCUAAGCAAAUAGCUCGGAGGAGCAGAAACUAUCCAUGUUUGAUGCUCUUCUGGGGUAUCAGGUGUUCCCUGGGGUUCAUGAAUGGCAUGGGUCCCCUUUCCUUCCCAACCACAAAUUCUUUCAAAGACUUUCUUGGUCCUCUUUGCCCAGCGGUGCCAAGGAGCCUUAGUCCCAGAGCCCACUCCCCAGGCUGAGCCAAAUCCCAGAGGGUCUUUCCCACUGAAGGGACCCAGCGUCUUAAGACAGGGUUGCUUCAGUGGCCAACAUCAGAGGAAAGACCUCUUCUGGGGAGAUGCGUGGGAGCGGGGAAGGGUAUAAAAGUGACCUCAUCUUUUUCUUGUUGAAGCUUCAUUGAAUUUUCAAUGCGAGGGGCUCACAUUGUGAGCCACUUAAAAUGCGAUCAGUUUCCAGUGGCCGUGAAUGUUGAAUGUCUUUGGCUCGGUUCAUUUCAGCAAAUACCUUUUGGAAAGUUCUCCAGGUUUGUACAUAUGUUGAACAGUGCGGGGUUCUGUACAGAAAGGGUUCUUUCCUAAACCAUCCACCAAGAGUCCCUGUCCAGGCAUUUUCUUGGUAGUACAAAUGUCUUUCUUGCUUAGAAAGUUGCUUUGUCGCUUCUGUUCAUCAGCAUUGCCACUGAUUUGGGGGCCUUUGAUUGAAAGGCUCCUGAAGGGCUCAUCUUCUUUCUGUUGUCUCGGAAACUGGGUGUACAGCAUGUUUUGUAUGUAAAUGUUUCUUGUACGUGCCACCGUGAACAAAGGUCUAUUUUCUAUUUAUUUAUUAUAUAUGUACUUCAAGAAGUCACUGUCAGAGGAGUGAAGAAUCAUAAGUAUUCUGUCAGAGGAUGUCCUUUGGAGCACUGGGAAGGGGUGUGCCCAGAGCUGAGGACAUCAGUUCUGGUUUGGAAAAAUUCUGCUGUACCAUAUGAAACAUACAAAAAAAUGUCAUUGUCUUGUCUGCUUGGUUCAUUUCAUGGGACAGUGAGUCUCAUGUUAAACCAUUUGUCUGUGGAAAAUAAGAUGGAAAUCACCCAAGUCUGCCCCACUUACUUCCUGGUCUUGUUCCCAAGAGCCAUUUGUGUAUCAGAAUUCCACCUCGCUCACAUCCCACAGGAGCACUGGGAAGAGCAGAUGGGAGGAUGCGCUGGCAGAGAAGACGCCAUUUAUGUGAUCAGGCAAAGACUCUUGCCUUAUCCCCGUCUCCCUAAGCCACCAGGAUGCUCUCAAUUCUUCCCCUCCUACUGGGGAAUCUGGGGGAGGCAUCACACUGUUGAUGUGGGAGUCUGUUUUGUGUUGAAUUUAUUGGUUAAAUAAAGAAACUGCCUUAGCCCUUUAAUAGGACAUAAAAUUAGGUAGGUGGAGUAGACAGAACAGAAUGCUGGGAGAAAGAAGCCGAGUCAAGCAGUCGCCAUCAUCCUCCCACCCGACACAGACGCAGGUUAGGAUCUUCCCGGUAAGCUACCACCUCGUGGUGGUACACAGAUUAUUAGAAAUGAGUUAAUCUAGAUGUGAGAGCUAGCCAGUAAGAGGCUAGAGCUAAUGGGCCAAACAGUGUUUAAAAGAAUACAGUUUCCAUGUAAUUAUUUCGGGCAUAAGCUAGCCAUGCGGGAGCCGGGGCGGCUGGAACGCAGCCCACCGCUCUUCUUACUACACACUGUGGAGCCAAAAGACCAACUGUCCUUCCUCUCAGGUUCUGACCAGAGGACAAACUGCACAUCUGAGAGGGGCGUGGGCACAGAGGUGGAGAAACAAGGCCAACUUGAACCCCAGACAAGGGUUAGGGAUAGGUGGAAUGGGCUUCGGAGGGGAGUGAGGAGGCACACUGAGCAGAGACGGUCUGGACCACUUGUGGAUACUGACAUUUAAGAACAAUGUAAAAUAUAGUUCCUUAUCAGUACUGGUCACACUGCAGAUUCUCCACAGCUGGAAGAAUCUAGUGAAUGUCAUUGGUGACUGUGUGAAUAUAAAGCAUGUCCACCACCAUGGAAAGGUCUUUUCUUGAUACUGUCCAGAAUGCUGCUUAGACUUACACAUUGGCAUUUUAAAAAAGAACAUCUGUGCCCUUGUGUGAGCAAGAGUGUGGAUGUGGAUGUACACAAUCCACUUAAAGGAGCUGGUUCCAGGUUAGUGGUGCUAAGCUGUCCGUAAAUAGUUAUUAUAUGAGCCAUCGCUGAAUACACUGUGUAAUCAAUACAGUGAAUGCAUGACCCAAGCCUUCAGGAAAUGUCAUUGAGUAUGACAGCUCAAGUCUAUAAUCCCAGCACUGGGGAGGAUGAAGCCAGAGACUGGAGAGCAGCAGAAAAGAAUGUACUACUGACUGCUUACUUAGUGCCUCUACAGUUCCUCCUGGUGGGUUCCUGGGGACUGUGUCAGGAGCAACAAAAUGUCCCCUGGGUCUACUCUCAUCAAGUAUUGUUUCUUUAAAACUUUGGAUCCUCCUGGGAGUUGCAAGGUCCUAUAGAACCCAGUGGGUAAAAGUACUUGCCUGGUGUCCUCAGUUUCAUCCCCAAAACCCAUGUACUGUCACACAAACACUAAUAAAUAUAAUUUAUUUUUUUAAAGACCUAGUCUCAAGGAAAGACAGGAGAGGGAGGAGAACAGGGGAGCAGGGGAGAAACUUUAGCAUUGGGAAGCAAUCGCGUUUGAACUCUUGUCCUAUGUCAGACACCAUGCCCCAAAAGCAACAGGAAACAGUAAAAUAUGCCAGGGCAUUCCCAGGGAGGGGUGUAGCAGGAUUCUUUAAGUAGGGAGGAAUUUUAACGUCAGUUAGAAUCACCACGAAGGCCAAUAGGCUGGGCAGAGAUAUCAGAGUUCACCUCAGAGUCAGGUAGGAUAAGAAAGGGACCUUUACAGUCCAGCCAGGGGUAGUGACCAGAGUUUGAAGACUUGAGGACAUCCGAGCAUAAAACGUGCUACCUUGCAAGAGGGCUGGUAGGAAGCGGGGCAGGGCCAGACAAAGGGUGAUGAGAUGAUGGGCGGGGGUGUCCCCUCCCCGCCUCAGUUUAGCAGGGGAUUCACUGUAGGAGUGUGGCAGCCUUUCCUGUAUCAAACAGUGGCUGAGAGAGAAGCACAUGGAAGUCAUGAGAGACUUCCACAGCAAAAUGUCAAAUUUGCAGGUGCUUUGGAAAUUACUGGAGCUUUGCGAAUGAAGCAUAUUAUAACUCUAGUAAGUAGUUUUAUAUUGUUUGGCUUAUUGAGAAGAUAAGAUGAAAUACAUUUUCAUUUUUCAGAUCUAUACACUUUUUUUCUUUUUCAACUUACGCUGUCAUAUACAAGUAAGGGCCAAAUCAGUAACAGAGACCCCUGAAUGAACUGUCAGGAGGCCUUUGACAGGCGAUUACCACUGUCAAUUGGAUCCAAAGCAAAAGAAGCCACAUGUGACUAGAACGGACCCUGAAGACCUUUGGUUGCUUCUGAUAC